UAUCAUUCGUUUCGAGAUCUAUUACGGUUUACCUCUAAAACCGUACCUAACACUUUAUGGUGUGCUUCUUGGAUUACACUGUUUUUAUGUGAACUCUGAUGACUUUUGUGGACUUUAGUGUGCCAGUGUGUGCUCUACACUGUUUACCUGGACUGCACUCAUCUGAGGUCACGUCUGGACUAAAAAUCCAUGAAUAGCAUUUCCUAGGACUUGCCCAUUCACCUGUCGCACCAGCAGAGGAGGCAGAGGAUCAAAAGAUGGCUCCCUUUUCCUCCUCCUCGCAUUCGGCCUCCUCCUUCACUUCCCUUUUGUCUUCAGGCCUCAUGUCCCCCGCAGGGGACUCAGCAGCGCUUGGUUUGAACCCCGCUAACAUCCCAGCUCUGGACGUCAAACUGGGAGCUCUGGUUGUUCUUCUGUCUGUCACGCUGCUCUUUGGCUUUGCUCCUCUGUGCAUCGUCCCUUGGGGGGGGCGCUGCAGAGUGGACCCAGAUUUGCGUCGCAGGCUCUUAAGUCUGAUCAGCUGUUUUGCCGGAGGAGUUUUCUUGGCCACUUGUCUUUUGGACCUGCUGCCGGACUACCUAGAGGACAUCAAUCAGGCCUUUACCAAGGCAGGGAUCUCGCUUCAGUUCCCUCUUCCAGAAUUCAUAGUGGCUAUGGGCUUCUUCCUGGUCUUGGUGCUCGAGCAAAUAGUCCUGACCUUCAAGGACCAGUCAUUCUCCCACGUGGAGGAGCGUCGUUCUCUGUUGGUAGAAUCCAGCAUCCAGGCAAACGAAGGAAUCCAUCAUCACCACCGUCGAGGAUCGGAUGAUGACGACGACAGCGGUCACUUCCACGUGGACUUCAGCUCUCAGUCUGCCCUGCGGGCCUUCAUUCUGGUCUUCUCCCUGUCCCUGCACUCCGUGUUCGAGGGUCUGGCUGUGGGUCUUCAGGAAGAAGGUAAGGACGUGAUGGAGAUCUGCCUGGCGCUGAUCAUCCAUAAGAGCAUCAUCUCCUUCAGCCUGGCCUUCAAGCUGUCUCAGAGUCGUCUGCGACGCACUGUCGUGGCCGGAUGCCUCCUGCUCUUCGCCGUCAUGUCACCGAUAGGCAUCGGCCUGGGUAUCUUACUGACGGACACCAGGGGGCAUCCUCAGCACCAGCUGGCUCGCAGCGCCCUGGAAGGUCUGGCUGCAGGGACCUUCAUCUACAUCACCUUCAUGGAGAUUCUGCCCCAUGAGCUCAGGUCCCACAAGCACCGUAUGCCUAAGGUGGCCAUGCUGCUGCUGGGCUUUGCCGUGGUCACAGCCGUGCUUUUUGUCAAACUGUAGCUAUGGAAACACCAGAUGACCAUAGUUCUGUUUGACCUGACAGUCCGGAUGUAAAUGUUUUAAAUGGACAAACUGUUUAUGGGUACGAAAAUACUACGUCUAGCACAUCUCACAGUUUAGCUCCAUUCUAGUGGCAGUGUGGUUCACUUUUAAACGGAGGGUUGGGAGUUCAAUUUCUAAACUGUGUUAAUCUGGCAAAGCCAGAUGAUAGAAGACCUUUUUCCAGAAACGUUUGUGAUCUUCCUUAAGAAACUGAAAAGGUCAUGUGAUGCACUUAUUUUAAGGAAAAGGAGGUGUUAGAUUCUACAGACCAAAGAUGAAGACAUUCGUCCUGGAUGUUAUCAACCAAAGGUUUAAAUUUCUGAUGGUCUGGAGGACCAUUAGUAGACAUGAUAUAGAUGAUGCGACAAGACAUUUUCUGGAAACUAAUUUUGCACAAAUUAAAAAUCUGUGGUACCUAAACCCCGGUCUGGGGACCAGUGCCGGUCCGUAGGUCAUUUGGUACCAGGACACAGUAAAAAAAAAAAA